AUGGGGUUAAGUUCACGCACGCUAGAGAUCACAGUUAUAUCUGGCGAAAACCUUAGUGUUACGGAGGACGCGUACGUCGUCGUUCGGGCUGAGUCCAUCAAAAGCUGCACAACGAAAAUGGCAAAAAAAAGUGACGGCAAUAAUAAAAAUUCGAGUUUCAUUUCGUGGAACGAGAAGUUCUUGUUGGACAUGUCCUUGCAUGCAAGGUCCAUCACGUUCGAGGUGCAAUGCAAGAAGUUCAAGGGUGCUCGACCUCUUGGGGUGGCCAGAAUCGCUGUUUCUGAUUUUCUAGGAGGCGAUGUGCCGGAAAAUUGCUUGCAGGUGUUGAGUUACGGGUUGAGGGACUGGGAAGGGAGACGAAACGGGGUUAUUCAUUUUUCGGUGAGGGUGGCGGCGGUUUCCGCCGUGGAACCGGUGAAGGGAAUGGUGGCAUGUAAUAAGGAUGCCGGCGAUCAGUUGAUGGGAAUCAAUGUUGGUGACAAGAACUGUAACGGAGUUGUUGUUGGUGUUCCGUUUUGGUGGAACUACCCUAACAUUAUUUGA